UCAUUGUCACACAAGCUUUGUGCAUCCGCCCAUUGGUCAUAUUCAUUCGCCUUACCUGUAAUAUAUGUUUGACUUGUAUUGAUUGUGUAUAUAAAUCGUAAAUUGAAGAAAAAUCAAUAAUCCAGAAAAUUGUAGUUAAGUUAAAAAGUUGUAAUGGGGAAAUUACAUGCAAUAAGUUACGGUAGCGUUUUCUUUAUUAUUUGCGGAAUUUUAAGUCCAUUAGCAGCAGCUGAUGAUGGAAAUGGAACAAUCUCUGGCGCCGGAGUAUAUGUUAAAGUAUUAGGUCAGUCUGGGAAAAUUAUGAUGAGCCGGUCUGAAAAUAUUGAGUCCGAUGAAAAUAGAGUAACAGUCGAAAUGGACGAAAUUAAAGAAACAGAUAUGAAUGGGAACCCAGUGGGAGCCGGUGGUGCUCCAGCCACAAAACACAGCUUCAACACCUUUGCCAACCAAGAGUUUGAGUAUAGUGAAGUUGGAGAUGGAGAAUUCGAGAAUAUUUCGGCUAAGACUUUCAAUUUUUCUGCGACUAUUGAUAAAGGCGCAAAACUUGUUGUUGACGUGUUUAUUUUUACCGAAAAUGGAACUUAUAGUCUUAAUGGUGAAAACACAACAGUUUCAGAAGGAACUGUCAAAUUUAACAUUCACAUUGAAAAUUGGACAUUUUGUGGCGCCGGCGUCACAUGUAAUAAGGGAUCGACAACUGAAAUUGGGAAAUAUAUAGACUUUACAAUUGCCAUUAAAGGAAAAGGAGCAUCUCCGCAGAAGAAAACUGGUGGCGGGAAAAAGACAACUGCAGACGAAUACGAUCUUGGAAGUGGUAGCAGUGUGAUCAUAUCAGACAAGGUUCAAUAUGACGAUAAUGGUAACUGGGUAGCAACACCAUCUGGAUAUCCCAAACUGGAACAAAAAGGUGCAAAAACACUUUUUGUCUUCCGUUUUGACAAAUUUUCAAAGAGUGUAUUGUACGACCCACAAGUUGAUUUAGGAAAGUCACCUGAUACCCCUGACACGCCCACAACGGACAGGGAAACCAAUGCAGAAGGUGUUUGGGUCAAAGUUUUAGGAAAGUCGGGUAAAAUUCAAGUAGGAAAUAGGCAAAACCCGUCACAAGAUCCGAACAGAAUUACCAUUGAAUUUUCUGAACUGAAAGAAAAGAAAACAGACGGUAGUGACAUACAAGACAAUAAGCACAGAUUUAACAACUUUGCCGUCACAGACUUUCAGUUCACAUCACCAAUAGAUUCAGAAUUCAUGAAUCUGACAGUGAAAAAAUUUACUUUCAGCGCAACACUGAAUUCCGAAGGUGCUAUGCUGGAGACUGAAGUUCUUAUAUUUCGAGAAGACGGUGACAUAAAUCUUGGAAAUGAAACUACAAUGGUGAAAAAAGGAAAUAUGAAAUUCAGCACAACAAUCAAAGACUGGAAGUUUUGUGGACAGGGUGCUACAACCUGCUCUCAAAGCGAGACUGGCGAAUUCUUAGACUUUGGAAUGAUCAUUAAAGGCAAAGGUACUCCGAAGAAAAAACAAGACAGCGAUAAAGGUAAUGCCGAAGAAUAUGACCUUGGUGAAGACAGUUCGGUGGUCAUGUCAAGAAAGGUCAAAUACAACACUGAUGAUUGGACAACAAUGGCAUCUGGAUAUCCAAUGGUUAUGACUCAGGGCAGUAAACAAAUAUUUUACAUUCGUCUAAACAAGUUCACAGGGACAGCUUACUAUGACCCAACAGUAAUAUACAGUCUUGGGGAUACUGGUGGCAGCUCCCGUAAUUGUGUAUCAUUAUUCACGUGUUUUCUUUUUGCAUUUCUUAAUGUAUUUUUGUUGUAAAUAACAUUUGACUAAGCUGUAACUGGUAUUAUGUUAAUGGCAUGACAACGACCUGUGACAGUUUUCGUAGGCCCAGGUUCGACGUUUGACGUUUUUACAGGCUAAACAUACUACAUGUAACACUAUUAUGGACUGUGUGGUUUCUUAUCGAAAAUUAUACGACUUAAUUCAUAGAAAACGCAAGGUUUCCGGAUUGCUCGUGCCAUACGAUUGAUUUUUUUAUCUUUGUAUUUUUUAGAUAAAACUACAUUAUAAUAGCAGUUCGGGCUUUUCAUUACACGAAAAGCUUACGACUAAACUAUUGUCGUUUAUCUAGAAUUACUUGUGUUUUCUUUACUUGCAUCAUUAGAAUGAUACUAUUAUUAUUUUUUCAAUGGCUACAGUAUAUGUAAGGCAAGCUCCAGUAUGCAAGAAACUUCUUCAUAAACUAUGAAAGACAACUUAAACGACACAUAGAGGCAUCAAUAACUUUCUGAAUCAGUUCGGAUUACACUGUUCUUGUGAUGUCCUUCUCACCCUCCACAUUAACUAUAGAAUCGUUCCAAGAUUAUAAAUGUACUUGUUACAACUGCUUACAAACAAUCAAUUCAAAUAAAUCAAGAAUUUUAAUACUCGUGUCCCACUAAAAACUGAGAAGACAGUUUUUUUCUAAGUCAUGAUGUUAUGUUGGUAAGUGUCUAUUCCAUGUCAACGAAGUUUCUUUUGGGCUAUAAAUGACAAAGGUUAAUAUGACAAGCGCCUUAUUUAUAAUUUGCCGUACAAUAACAUUGGUGAUAGAUUUUUAAAGAGGAUUCUUUAAAAGAUUCCCAUUAUGUUAAUAUAUUUUGUCCAGAACUGGAUGGAAAUUGGAAGUAAAGAUUGGUAAAUUAUUUUGGAGGACAAAAUUGUUUCGCGUCCCCAUUUUUAAGAGUCAGUUUAAACCUUUAGAUACUAGUAUAUAUUUACAUAGAACGUUACAAAUGGCUUGUCAAAACGUGUCGAACAGACAGAUAAAUUGUAUCAUCCCUAUCGAAUCAAAAGUACAAAAAGACCAUUCUGUCAGAUAGCGUUGUACUCUGUAAAUGAUUUCUAUGCUUAUUAACCAAUGAGGGAUGAAAAUAAAGCGUAGACGUAUGUGUGUGUGUUUGUGUGAGCAAGAUUGUUAAUUUUGAGAAUGUUGAAAGUUAAGUUCGAGAAUAUUGAUAAUUUUUUAUUGAAUUAUUAUUGUAUUAUAUAUCGUCUUUGUAAAUUAGUACAAUCUGUUACAGUAUAAUGUUGAUAUCAGUAACAUGAGUCAGCUUAUUUACUUUAUACAAAUCGAACUGACUAUACUGUGGACAAUCUAUACUGGAAAUUUGAUAGAACUAAACUGGUAUAACGGGUCUGGUUUCUAAAUCGUUCAACACUUUUAUCAUUUUAUUCUAGGAAAUACAAUCAUUUUUAUUUUAAAUGAAUUGAUAAUAUAAUUUAGCUAUCAAUGUAAAACUGUUUUUGAAGUCGUCCGUUAACCUGAAAAAUAUAUAUAUAUUAGGGAUGUCAACGAGUAUUCGAGUAUCGCUCGGUAGUACCGAGUAUCGAAUACCAAAACGAUACUCGACUAAUCGGUUUCCUGUUAGAAUAUUGCUGUCUUCUUUAUAAAAAAUUGAUCUUCUUGAGAACCUCUUUCGGAAAAUUUAAUAGGCAUCACUUAAUAAUCCUACAAGUAAAUAAAAUACAUUUUGUUUCGAAUGCUUGUGCUAAAUUAUGAUUUAAAAUCCCUCCGAAAAUACGUGGGCUAUACCUAGGCUAACAUUUUAAACUAAACAUGUCUUAGGCAUUCCGUCACAUCGGUACCGUCAGAGAAAAUAUUUUCGUCUGCAAGACUGUUAUUUACAAAGUUGCAAAACCGACUGUUCCCAAUAAUAGUUGACAAGAAAAUAUUUACAAAUAAAAUAAAUUCGUUGCAUCCUCUGGUGACCCUCAGUGAAAAUUAAACUUUUAAUAAAUCCUUACGCCUUUGUAAGCAUUAAAUGUGUUUUCUUAACGAUUACCAAAUACAAUGUACUAUUCUUUGAUAUUGUUUUUCCUUUUUAUGAUUUUUAAAUAGGUGCUCAUUAAAUUAUAUUGUUUAGAUUAUUAUUUUUUAACUUAAUUAGUACUUGUAGGUAAUGAGCUAAUAAUUAUUGUGUGUAAUUCCUAGUCCCAGAUACUUAUCUAGAUGGUUUUCCUUCCGUUGAGCAAAAAACCACAGAAUUUAAAAUACGUGUUUUCGUGUUGUAGAUAUAUUCCCGAGCGAGUACUCGAGUAUCGCUCGAUAAAACCAACGAGUACUCGAUUAGUAAUUGUCACUGACAUCCCUAAUAUAUAUACAAGUCUAAAUUGAAAACAACGUUCAAACCUAUAAUUGCGUUGGAUAAAAACCGCAAUUUUUAUACGUGUGCAUGCAAAACAAAUUUCUUGGUAGAGGGGUCUAAAAACAGCACAAACAACAUUUACCAAAGGACCAAAAAGGUGAAAAAGUAUAUUUUAACAAAACGCAUUUGACUAGCAUAUAUAUAUAUAUAUAAAAGUGCCUAGAAAAUCAACCUAACAAUGUUAGAGUAGAUAUGAUUCUUUACUUCCUCCCCGGCCGGGGCUGAAACCUGUACUUUUCACUUCAUACUUCUACGACAACACCGCCUAGCAUUGCGCAGACGCUUUUACUGAAGAGAUGAGUGGAUGAUAAUUCCUUUACAAUUAAAUAUACUUUGUGUAUUGCGUUUAGAUGUCCUUGUUUAAUUCCUACGAGAAGGUAACACCUCCCGACACGAAAGCUGAUUUUUUAUCAGCUAUAGUUAGAGGAGGGGAUAAGGCGUCUGCGCAAUGCUAGGCGGUGUUGUCGUAGAAGUAUGAAGUGAAAAGUACAGGUUCCAGCCCCUGUCGGGGAGGAAGUAAAGAAUCAGAUCUGCUCUAACAUUGUAAAUAGAUAUAGGAAGAUGUGGUAUGAGUGCUAAUGAGACAACUCUCCAUCCAAGUUACAAUUUAUAAAAGUAAACCAUUAUAGGUCAAGGUACGGCCUUCAACACGGAGCAUUGGCUCACACCGAACAGCAAGCUAUAAAGGGCCCCAAAAAAUUACUAGUGUAAAACCAUUCAAACGAAAAAACUAACGGUCUAAUCUAUAUAAAUACGAGAAACGAGAAACACGUAUGAACUACAUAAACAGACGACAACUACUGUAAUCAGAUUCCUGACUUAGGACAGGUGCAAACAUUUGCAGCGGGAUUAAACGUUUUAAUGGUACCAAACCUUCUCCCUUUUCUGAAACAAUAGUAUAACAUCACAACAUAGAAGAACACACUAUAAAAUAUCAAUUGGAAGGAAGUUUAUUUUCUAGGCACUUUAUAAAUAUUCUAACGCCUGGUAUUUCUUAAUCACAAUUUACAGUUGUCACUACACAUAGGCAGACAUAUAUAUAUAUAUAUAUAUAUAUAUGUCGUUAAAUGAAAUUGGAUUCCCUGCAUUUAUCAUGCUUUUCAAAAACAUAUUGUCAAAUCGCUGAAAGACUCCCCUCCUAAAUUAUUGAAAACUGUCAUUCUGCAUUGACAAUAAUACCUUAGUGUAAAUUAGAUACAUCCAUUCGGGCUAACGCCCUCAAGAUGUAUCUUAUUCUAAAUAUUUGCAAUCACUUGGACUCAAUAUGUUUGCCGACGGUACAUAUAGCUGCAUGUAUGAAAUAAAGGUACUUUUGUCAUUUUUUACAGAUCUUUUUAAUAAAUUGUACCAAAGGAUAUGUCUAACCAAAAUCAAUAGAUUUGUAUCUGAAAGGCAAAACAUAGCUUUUCUUCUUAUAUAAUUUUAGUUUUUAUUUAGAAUGUCCUUCUUAAUCUGGUCUUGAAUAAAUAUUAUAAAUUUGGCAAACAUAUAUGAAAAUUGCAGUUUUGAGCCAUCUUUAUGCAUUUAUGAUAUGGUCAUAUGUUUAAAAAUAUGUCAUAAUAUUGUAAGAAGUUCAAAUAUACUCACGAAACUGAAUUACAGGAAAUUUUAGGAUUUUUUGAAAAUGGCUCUGGUUCGAAAAAAAAAUCAGGGGAAACUGACCCUGCCUCUUUGUAAAUCUAUGUUGCACGGUUUUCAAGAUGUAAACAUACGGGUGUAUGUAUAUUUAACAUUAAUGAGAAGCAUGACAGAAUGUAUGUUUAUCCAGAAUAUUUCCGUACUAGCUUCAUUCACUACAUUUAAAGAAAUCUCGAUAUUUUAGCCUAUUUCAUAAAAGUUCUCAUUUGCUUUGAUAAUUUAAAAAUAUUGUAUACUUUUUUCACAAUAGUUAUUAUUUGCUUUGAUAAUUCACAACUGUUGUAUACUUUUUUAUAUUCUGUAUUUACAUGUACAUUGUAUAUGAGUAUGGUGACGAAUAAAGUUAUUGUUUAUAGAA